GAGAGAGAGAGAGCGUCACACGUGUGAACAUGGCUGUGCACGUGGGGGCGGCUCCGCGGCUCCGGGAGAAUGUGCCCUUCUGACCAGAGCCGAAGCUGAAUUUCCAGAAACACGGACCUGGAGAGAAAUUAGGAUCUCGCAACCGUUAUGGCAAAAGUGGGUCGUAAAUGUUUGGACCUACCACCGGAAAUAUUGUUGGAGGUGUUUAGGUACCUAACAGCUGAGGAGAAGGCCAGCGUUCGUGCAACCUGCAAGUACUUGCAGCAACUGGUGGAUCAUCCUAGUUUAUGGCUAUUCAAUACAGUUAUCCUGCAAAAUAUAAAAAGCUGCGACUCACAUUUUUGGAGAACCCUUAAGAAAAGGAAAAUAAGAGCUGUGGAUAUUAAGAAAGCUACACAGACGGACUUGCAGAAGCUGGUGUGUUUACUUCCUGACCUGAUAGCUGUCACUAUUAAUGCAAAACUCAAACCAGAACAGCUGCACUCUUUGAGCUCGCUUGCAAAACUGCAGAAACUGCAGCUGAGCAACAGUGAGCUCAUCUUAAACCAAGAAUUGCUUCUGGAACUUGGUACCUUUAAACAACUGACUCACCUGGUCUUGUGUUCUUCAGAGUUUUGCCCCGAGAUCUCCCUUUGGCACCUUGUAAAAUUAAAACAACUACGAGUAUUAGUGCUUCAGUAUACUCUGGAUCAGCUUUCUUUAUCAUCGCUUCGAUAUAUUUUGUUUCGAUUGCCAAGGCUGAGAGCACUGUCCCUGUGUAAUAUAGACAUGAGGAGUGAUCUGUCAUUGUGCUUCACCCCACCAGACGUGGAGGACUGUAAAGAGAUGGGAUGCAAUGAUUUUGAGCCACUUUGCAUUGCACGUCUUCAGUUAGAUAAACUGAGUGUUUUGGACAGCAUCAAUCAGCCAUUGUCGGAGGCAGCUUUGAAGCAGCUGUCUACAGUCCGUAGCCUGUCCGCCAGUUGUAGCUGGUUGCGGGUUUAUUCAAAAAGAAACUUUGUGCACAGCUUGCUGGAGAACUUGCCACACGUCUCCGACUUGGAUCUUUCCUGGACUGGUCCAUUUGAAGAAUAUGCUAAGCUGAUGCCUUCACAACUUGAAAGUCUGAAUUUGACGAGCUCAAGACUCUCUGAUGUGGAUAUGCAAUUUCUGUCUAAGUCCUCGGGGAAAUCUCUUAGACAUCUUAACAUAGCGCUGUGCAGUGGUGUUACUGAAACAAUGUUAAAACUACUGCCUGAACAGUUUCCUUCUCUACGGACUCUGGAUCUUAGUGGAUGCAGCCUGCUGAAGGAGGACAUUUUGCUUGGCUUCACCAAGCUACCACUUUUAAAUCAAGUUACCAUUUCACACGGUCCACAUCCAACAGCCUCAGCAAUAAAGCAUUUUCUGGCUCUAACAGACAACAGAGUACAGCUUGAAUUGCUAAUGGAGAGAACUUGCUUUAAAUCACAGUCUUGCAGUUGUGGAAGUUGCAAUAACACUUUGUCUAAAUGUGAAGCCCAGCCAAAUGGAUGCAGCAGUCUCAGGUACACAGAAAAAAAAACAGUGUAGAAAUAAUAAUAAUAAUAAUCGUUGCAUUUGAUGUAGCGCCUUAUCACAUCUUCGAGACGUCUCAAAGUGCUUCACAGAAUAUAGUGCUGAGUGAAUUGACCGUAUGUUUGUAGGCGCAUGAUCACCACAAGGACUGCAGCGGUUGAAGGAAAUGCCCCAAAGAAGUGGGAACUCAAUGUUGCACUGAGCUAUUAUUAUCUUGAAUCGCUGAUCAUUUUUCAGAAAUUGUCACGGCAGAAAACAUCGUUCUGCUUUUGUUCGUUUUUUUUCUUUUUUUCAAGAAAACUUUAUCUGAAUAAACAAAA